AUGAAAUUUCUGUCUGUACUUUCAAGUACUCUGGCCCUAGCUACGGGCCUGGCCGCCGCAGUGCCUAAAAACAUGGCGCCCAAGGCAAAUACACGAGAGAUGAUGGCAGCACUAAACAUCACUGAUGUUGCAUCUCUGGCCCAGUUUGUCCGAAUGAAUGAGAAAGAAUUUACCGGACCUCUCCCCGCCGUUAUCUCCGUCAUCGGAGGGCUAAUCGGUCCAGGCCUGGCGGGAAGCCUGCAAAAUGCAGUGGCGGAGCUUUUCAAAGGAGGCGACUUCGUCCUGAACGGCCCCCUGGACGUUAUUGAGAACUUGUUAAAGUUGAAUAUUCCCGGGGCACUCAGAAGUUCUUUGACGACAAUUCUAAACACGGCCAAGAGCCUGCCGAAGGACGCUACCAAUAUUAUUGGUGGUGGAAAGAAGCCGGAGAAGCAGCCGAAGUUCUAA